UGUGGUACUAGGAUUAAUUGAUGUAUUGUUUACCAAUACAAAUUUAAAAAAAACAAUAAUUAUGAUUUUUAUAAUAUUUUAUCUUACAAAUUAAUAUUUCUAUAACUUUUUGAACUUGAUUAUGACUUCAGUACUUCAAAAACUAUUUGAUAUUCCGAACGUCUUGUUACAUUUAUUAGAAAUUGACAGUAAAGACUUAAAUCGAUGUAAGAUCUUGGGUCAAGAACAAAACGGCGAGUUUCUUCUUAGUUGGGACCAAAAAGGCAAUGGAGGCAGUUAUACUGUGGUUGGAUUGUUCUUUUACACAAUAAGAAAAAUACAAGUCCUUAUAAAGUUAAAUAAUUCAGUAAACAUUAUACAAGCUUCUGUUAACUACAAAAAUUCUGUAUUAGCAUAUGUAUCUAAAGAACCGUUUGAAAAUUCUACUGACCAUUACCGCGCAUUUAUAAUACAUUUAAAACAACCUUUUGCAAAUCCAAUUGAUUUAAAUGUUAGCAGUAAUCGUCAAACAAUGGUACAGUUUUUGUAUAGAAAACGAAAACAAUCUGAUAAUGAACGAUUUUUAUUGUUUGCUCAUGAAACAUCUAUAACACUAUAUCAUUUGGAGGAAAAUACUUCCGAAAGUAAUGAGAAUUCUCUUAUUGUGAAAAAUCGAGAAAUAGUAGUAAAUCAAUUUUCCUGGGCCCAAUGGGAGCCGCAGUAUCAAAGUUUAUUUUACAUCCAUUAUUCAAAUACAGCAUAUAGUGAUGGAACUGAUGCUAGCUUAUCGGCUUUACAGUUUCAUGAUGAACCACAUCAUGAGACAGUGUUCAAUGUUCCUUUAAAUUUACCAAACAGAAGUAAAACUGCAAGAGAUCUUCCUAAUGGAUAUUAUGAUAUUCCUGUACCUUUAUGUGUACAUGAUAGUAUGUUGGAUAUUCGUGUACUUACAGAUGCACGAGGAUUUGUAGCUGUUUGCCAUUAUUACUUGUACCAAGGUGUUAAUGCUCCACCAGUGAUUGAUCAUUUGAAAAAUGUGUAUAUGGCAUUUUCCGUCACUCUUCUUCAUCAUGGCAGUGUAGCUCAUUGUAAUAUAUCCAGUGUGCCUAUUACUCGUGCCUAUGAAUCACGCCCAAUAUUUACCAUGCAAGGAGAUCAACACUUACUUGUUCAUUUUCCAAAUAUUUGCACAUUACUAUUGGAUGUAGGUCCGGAUCAUGAACCUGGAUGUCAUAUUGUUAUACCCAGUCAAGAUGAAAAUAAAAAUCGAUUAGGUAACAUCGCUACAACUAUAGGAUCUGCAGGAACAGUGAUAGAUUUGACUUCAAUGACUUUAUAUGAAACAAAAAUUACCAAACGUCAUUUAGUGGAAGCUUUUAAAAUAUCAUAUGCCAAUUUAGCUAAUCAACAGGCUAUUUUACAUUAUUUCAUGGUACACAGGAGAGAUAUGGAUAUUGUCAAUCAACUUUUGAAUUCAAUUGUGGCCAACAUAUUAAAUAUUAACUGUUCAAAAUUACUUCAAGAAAUAUUUGUUGGGAAUACGUACGCUCAAGUCAAGCGGAAUUUAUUAUCAGAUGCUGUCGGUCUUGCUAGAUAUUUACCGUUAACGACAUCUAAUCAUUCUGUUCCUCUGGAUGUGAAGAUAAAUGGUCAUACAUUAACAUUGUUACAAGAGACUUUAGAAAAUCCUAGAGUUAUGUUAUUGUCACCACGACAAAGAUUAAUUCCAUUUCGUGAUGAUUUAUGGACAAGAUUGUGGGAAUUGUUGCCUGGUGGUUCAACAGCAGCAGACAAUGCUUCUAGUAGACUCGAAAUUUCACGAUUCUCUAACAAAUAUGUUGCCAACAAAUUAAAUAUUUCAUUAGUUUGUUACCAACCUGAAGUGCUUUCUCGAUGCAGUACUCCAAUGUCACCCGGAGGCUCCAUGCUUGCCAAUAGUAUGGCAAAUAUUGCCAUAUCUGAUAUAUCACAUUCAUUUCAAAUGGCUGCUGUUAUAUUAUUACCAUUUAUAGAAGUUGAUACAUCUACUGCUAGCAAACAAGAGCAUGUUAUUUCUGUUAAUCUGCGUGAGUUGAGCAUGCAUUUAUUAAAACAAAGUUCAAUGCAAUCUAAUACACUACGUAGCCGAUCAAUGCCUGAACCUAAUGCAAUGCACGUACAUGCAGUGGCUACAAAAUAUGCAUCGUCACAAUUAGAAAUCUCUCGGUCCUUAUGUGCUCACUUAACAUUAGCCGCUGGUGUGGAUGCCAGACAACAGAAACUAACUGGUUUUCAAUUAAUUGAUUACAUUGAAGAAGAGCAACGCAGAUCAUUGUUUACAGUAUUACAGCGAUACGCCCAUGCUGCUGAUACAUUAGCUUUUCCAUUACCCCAAGGAUUUUCAUCAUUUAUUACAUAUCUUGGAUAUAAAGUUUUAUCAAACUCUAUAUUUAACCAGCAUAUUCGUUGUAACAGUUUUUUACUGAAUGUAGAUGUUAUGAAAAAAAUUCUAACUGAUAUUGUUGAUAAUAAAGACGGAGUGAUGAAGAAAUUGGAUCUUAUACAAAAUCUACCACAUUCUCGUGCUAAAAGGUUAAUGAAUCAAUGGUCACACCCGAUAUCAAUAAUGUUAAGGGCUAGAGAACAUGCGUCUGAAAUAUUAGGUGGAAUGACUACUAGAUUAUCUCAUAAUCGCCGAAACAUUAAAUAUCGACAAAAUUUAAGUGCAACUUCAGCUUUUCCAUCACAACAUCGAAUGUCGCCUUUGGAAACAUUUCUUGAACUUCUUACAGCUAAAGCUGUGCUAGCUGAUAUAGAUUAUAACUUGCUGGUCGAUGCUACAGUUUCAUCUACAAAAGAUAUUUUAAACUAAAUACUAUCAAGAAAUGUAACACAAUAUCAUAGUACAUAAGUCUUUUAUUAUCGUUGUAAUAUUAAUGUUUCACAUUACAUACAAAUAUUUGGUAAAUAUAAAUUAAAUCAAUUAUGCAUACAUUAAAAAAAAAACAUCUUAAUACAAAAUUAUAUAGAGAGGAAAAAAAAGACAUUUUAAUAAAUUGUAAAACGAUAGAAAAACACGGUUGUUUCUAAAUGUAUUAGAGAACUUAAAUUUUUUAUUUUUUUAUUGUUUUAAAGAGUGUACGAUUUAUAAGAAGAACUCCAAUCGGUUGUUGUUGUCCAUUGAGGAAGUUGUUUGAGAAAUUUCUGUAAUUGAGUAGUAGUUUUAUGUGAUCCAUGCAUGCGGUGGCCAGAUAAUCCAACUUCAAUUUGCGGCCCAGUAUGACCUUUUGGUACCUGAAUUAAUAUUAUUAGACAGAAAAUUUAAAUUUCUGAUUGAAAUGAAAGCUGAAAAUACAAUUAAAGUUUAAAUUAAAUUACCUCGAGAUCAACCCAAAAAUCCCACGGUACAAUAUCAUUAGCGCAAGAGUAGUAAAUAAAAUAAGUAGGCCGACCAUUCCAUCGAGGCCCUUCAAAUGGUUUACUAUUACUCACACUCCAGUCUUUUAGUUUAACGUCAUUGUAUGGUGAUAUCACCAUGGUAAUGUGGUCAGGACCUAUAUAAAAUUAUAGUUGCAUACUUAGUUCCAAUAUGCAAAUAUUAUUAAAUACAGAUUUUAGUCAGUAGAAAUAUUAGUGACAGGCAUUUAACUUGGAAUGCCUAUUUUAAAGAUAAACAAGAAAACCACAACGGUCGUCUCUAUUUCAUAAGUCUUCUGCUAUGCUCAAACAUGAACAAACAAAAUCAUCUUUUACUCAAUAAAACCUUGUUACCUUGCCUAUGUGGACAUAUGGUAUUAUUUUAUGGGGUACAGCCAAGCCAUAUAACAAACUUACUAUACAGUCCUUUCUAAUCAAUUUGCUGCGUAACAUCUCUCAAGCUCAGUAGUGUAUACGGCAUAUACUCUUUUUCUAUUUUUGAUUAUUGCGUUUGUUUAAAAAAAUUAUGUGAUACAAUGUAUACGGUUUACUCUCUACAAAAUUAUUGUUAAAAAUUAUAAUAUAUGAGCUGGUGAAAAUGAAAGUGGCGUAAGUCACAUUAGGUUGUUUUGAGAAAUAGAAGGGUUUGUGUUUUGUAUUUCACACAAACACGGUAUCUUACCGAGGUAACUUAUGAAACUUUAGGUAGCGCUCUCUUGCGGACAAAGGCUCAACUUGACUUACAGUUACUCCACUGACUAAAUGACUCUUUUAGAGUAUACUAAUAUGCUCUAGCGAUAUUGCAGAUUUUUUUAAAAAUUUUGACUUGCGUCACUUUCAUUCUCAACAGCUCAUAUACUAUUAUGUAUUGAUCAGUUACCAGGUUGUUGAGUAUAGGUUUUAAAUUUAAAAAAUAUUUAACGGUACCUGAACCUGAUGUUUUAAAAAUUAUUUUUAUUUUCCUUAAGUGAUUAAAUUAAUUGUCAGAGCAAGAACACUCUUUUUAGUAGAUAUAAUUUUAAAUUGAAUUUAUUAUCAAUACACCGCUGCUAAAGUUUCUUGUUGGUAUGUCACAAAUAAAUAACUCCACGGUAAUCUCAACAUAAUAACCAUUCACGACACUGCAGCAUUAUUCUAAAACUGUUUUCAUAGCUAACUUCAAGGACAUCCAAACAAACUUAUCAAAGAACUAGGGUCCAAAAUGCUUCCAGAUAAUUCUAAACGUUAGCUUAACAGAAGAAGAUGUAGAGAAUUAUUGUACAAUACUUAAUAAAUUUAUAAUGUAAUCAUAUGUAAGGUGGCUCUAAUAAGAACCUUUCUUCUUCUCAUUCUAAUUCAUGCGUGUAUAUA